CCAAUCGACUGAUUGGCUCGAUGCACCGUAUGCAUUUGUUUGUUGACAGCUUGAGAUCAUAGGUGAACGAUUGGGAUGUGCCUCGUUCCUUUCUGGCGCACCCGAGGGCGUGCCAAGUCGGCCGGCAGACAGGCGGUUGCCAAUGUCGUGGAAGAAGGUGGUGGAGGUGGUGGGCCUGGGAGAGUGGAGCAGAGCCUGUUUCCGGCCGGCCAUAAGCCGCAAAAGUUUAAGCUUGGUGACGUGCUACGAUGGACGGAUGACUUUAGCGCACACCGGUUGUUGGGUAUCGGCGGGUUGGGUGCGGUGUAUAAGGCAUGCCUGCCUGACGGGGUAAGGGUGGCUGUGAAGAGGGAAAAGCCUCAAUCUCCGAGAAACAGUGCUCAGUUCAUGGCCGAAGUAGAACUGCUGUCAAAUGUGCAUCACCAGAACCUAGUUAAACUACUGGGUUACUGCAACGAGGCGGGUGAGAGGAUACUCGUCCACGAGUACAUGGCAAAGGGAACCUUGCGUCACAAUCUCUCACGGAAGCGCGAGCCCCCUCUCGACUGGCUUCAGCGUCUCAACAUCGCGAUUGGCGCCGCCGGCGGGAUAACCUACCUGCAUGCGCAUGUUCAUCCUCCGAUCAUCCAUCACGACAUCAAGUCGUCGAACAUUCUCCUGAACGAGAACCUUGUGGCAAAAGUGGCAGAUUUCGCCCUCUGCACAUCAGCAACCGUCGGGGCCGAGGCGACUGAGGCCUCCGUGUGGGGUACGCCGGGCUACAUGGACCCUCAUGCAAACGGAGAGGUGUCGGAGAAACUGGAUGUGUAUAGUUUCGGUGUGGUUCUUCUCGAGAUUGUGACCGCGAAGAGUCCAACUUGGAGAGGGAAGCAUAUCAUCACCGAGAUGAAGCGGUACCGCGAUGAGGGUCGAACGAUGGCACUCGUCGAUCCACGUCUGAGAGGGAGGUAUGAGCCUCAGGCGAUGGAAGAAUACGUAGAACUCGCUCUUCGAUGCACGGACGGCAGUGGAACGCGCCCGGCCAUGAUCAAGGUAUGGUCGACCCUCGAGAAAAUCAGAAACUCCGUGCUGAAGCAUGGAAGCAUGGAUGACACGACCUCUGGUUCCCAUUGCUCCCCCUCGUUCGCCAUGGAUACCGGCGGACCACCACACGAGGUGAGCCUCCAGGCAAGCCCUCAGUGGAUGGCCUGGGCCUCUCAGGCAACUUCGACUAACAGGACGUUGCUCCCGGCAAGACGGUUAUCUGCUACUGAUUUCUCCUGCACACAAGAGCAGGGGUCCUCCCAAUCCACGUCUCCUUGCAUGCCCGGAGGAGGAUAUUCUGUAAGGCCCACAGAGUGUGGAGCGAGCGCCAAUGGAUCGCGGGAGAGUCUGCACAUGAACGCAUCAGCAGAAGCUGAUGGAUACGGUGGCUGUGCCGUACUGCAAACGAGAAUAGCAGAGGCCGGUGAAGAUUUGGAAGACACUCGCUAUGAUGAGCAUGAGUUGUCAAUCACGGUUAUUGAGAUGUUGACGGAGGUCGUUGCAAGAUAGUAGCAUUGCAAAGCAAGUGGGAUGGAAAGAACUGCAAAAGAUUGUUCUCCUCCUCCUCCUCUCCCUCCUCUCCCUCCUCUCCCUCCUCUCCCUCCUCCUCCUCCUCCUCCUUGUCCUUUCCCUCCUCCUCUGCCUUCUCCUCGGACUCAACUCUUAACUCUGUCAGACAAAUUUCGGUGAGAAUGUCGCAGUGCAACGGAGCAGACUCUGCGGGGUCCUGUAGUAGCCUGCCUAUACUCGCAGAGUCCUUUAGCGC